ACAUGGGAGGACACGAAUUUCCGGAUUUGAUUUUUUCUCUGUUAUUUUCUUCAGUGCUUCUUGGAUCACUGCUCGCGACAGUAGAUAAGAUAGAUAUGAAAGAUGUGAGUGUGGUCAUACUGAGUCAACCAAAUUCAUAUCAUGCAAAAAAGGCACAACAGCUGAAGGAUAUUCUGCUACAGCAAGCCAAGGAGUUAGAAGAUGCAAAAGACAACCUUAAUGUGAUACUUUUACAUGAAAAAUGGCAAAUAUCUGGUGCUUGGACAGUUCUUCCAAUAAUACCAAGCUUAGCAAAGCAGAUGUCCAAAUCUUCAUGGGUGUUUUUCUGUGAAGAUGGUACUCAGAUAGAUCUGAAGAAACUACUCAAGGUGCUAAACAAAUACGAUGCAAAAAAGAAACAUUUCCUUGCCAAAGGCCUUAUCGACCAAGAUAAUACAAUAAUACACCACUUCUUCAGGCAAGACGGCUUCUUGUAUCCUGAUUUUGCUGCAGGAUUUGCUUUAAGUAAACCACUGAUGAAAGAUUUAGGCAGAAGAAUCGAAGAAAGAGAAACUAAAUAUGACUUCUCUAUUGAUACCAAGCAUGAGAUUGCUAAGUUCAUCUGGGAUGAGGGGAAAGGUGUUGCCGUGACAAAUGUGAGAGAGUUCUGUACCGAAAAAAACGAGGGAGAUUGUGCCACGACAUAUCGGGAGAAAAUUCCAAACUGUGGUCCAGCUGCUGAUUUGACAAGCACUUUCUUUGCUGUCAAAACAUGUGAAAAAUUCCAUAAAGACAGAGUUCCUGUUGUGAAGUCAACAUGGGCAAAAGAUGUCAAACAUAUAGAGUAUUAUAGUGAUUUAAAGGACUCAUCAAUUCCCACGAUAGAUUUGGGAGUGGAGAACACAGAAAGAGGUCACUGUGGGAAGACCCAUGCCAUUUUGAAGCGGGCUUUCAAUCACCCGGAGAUUAGUAAGAAGGAUUGGCUUGUGAUUGCUGACGAUGAUACACUCUUCAGCAUCCCUCGCCUGCAGAAAGUCUUGGCGUGCUACAACCCUACGGAACCAGUUGCUCUUGGUGAGAGAUAUGGCUAUGGAACGUCAGUGGGGAGAGGUUAUGAUUACAUAACAGGAGGUGGAGGGAUGGUCUUUAGUCGAGCUGCAGUAAAACUAUUGAUGGGGAGUGGUGGCUUUAGAUGUCCAUCAAAUGAUUCACCAGAUGAUAUGCUGUUAGGCAUGGCAUUGCAGGAGCUUGGUAUACCUGCAACACACAGUCCACUAUUUCAUCAGGCUCGUCCAGAUGACUACUCGACCGGUUAUCUCAGUCACCAGAAGCCUGUCUCGUUUCAUAAACACUGGAACUGUGACCCGUACAAAGUGUAUGAAGAGUUUCUCAAAGAAUCGCCUCUGAAACGUGAUGAACUUUGAUAUGCCAAAAAGAUUAAUGGGAACCACUCUUUUUCACAAUAAGAUUAGCAUGCUGUACUCUUAAUUAAUUGCUGGUUAUUUGGUGCCUUUAUUUGAGAGUUUUUUAGUCUACUCUUGUGAAUACAAUUAGGUGCUUUACUCAAUUCGCUUUACAAAUAGCAGUAUGUUACACUAUUUUCAUGUAUGAAGAACUUGAACAAGCAUAAUUGUCGUAGGUUAUAUAUUAGUCUUAUUUAUCAGUGAUGGUUGCAAUGCUACCCCUCCAUGACAAGCUAUCACUGCCGGGUAUUUUGGUUUAAAGAGACCUGGCAUUUUUAUUUAGUCUCAUUUAUAUUUAGGCAAACCUACUGUAGUUUUUGUUACUGACGGAAUAUCGGAACGUUAUUUAGCUGAUUCCUGAUCCAUGAAUUGAUAAAAUUGAAUUAAGACUAUUAAUUUUUGCUGGAAGUUAAUAUUUAAAGGAGUCUUUUUGUAUCCUCAUGUCCCAAUUCAUAUCCUAGCUUCGGUUUUACAAAGCAAAUUUCUUUAAUUUAUCCAAAAUCGUCACCAAUGUGAUCAUUUGUAAUGCAUGUAUUUGCUACGUACAUGUACGAGUUAAAUGUUGUGUGAACAGUGAAUACUAUUACUGUAACAUUUUACAACUGAAAUUCAUUUCUAGGCUUUUAACACAUAUUGUCAGAUUUGUUUGUUGGGUGAGAUUCUGCUGUGCUACCCUUCAUCAUUCUUGUGUCACAUUCCGCUUCCAAUUGUUAAACAUACAUUGCUAGUCUGCGUUUUAUCCUGAUGUCAUAUCAACCAAUACCCGAAGUGAUUUUAUGACCGUCCUCCAUAGCAAUUGUAGAUAUUUUAUAAAUAACAAAAUUGAAAGAUUGUGUUAUUUUUCUGGUAAUAAAUGUCUAU